AUGCAACUCUCCAAGACCAUCCUCCUAUCCAUACUGGCCGCCGUGCCGGUGUUGGCCCAAGAUCCUACCGCCACCCUAGUGGAUGUCCUACCGACCGAGAUGCCUGAUGCCACCAGCAUCGUCUCUGACGUCACUUCCAGCGUGCAAGACAUCGCCAGCAGCGUCUCCGAAAGCGUCGCCUCUGCCAGCGGAGCAUUGGAAACCAGUCUUGCCGACCUCAGCUCUGCCGCCUCUACAAACGAAGCUGCUCAAAGCUCAUUCGAAUCUCUGAGUGCUGCCUCGAGUUCCAUUGCCGCCAGCAUUUCGGAUGCGGCUAGCAGCGCAACUGCUUCUGCUGGUUCUGCCGCCACAUCAGGCGUUUCCGAGACGGCUACCGGUACCGAUGCCGCUGCCACUACCAAUGCUGCAAACGCCCUUCCUACCGGUCUAUCUGGUGUUGUCGGUGCAGGCCUCAUGGGUCUUGCAGCCUUGUUGUAG